CAAUGCGCAGCCGGUGGCAGUAGUCCCGCCCACCCUUGAUAGCGGAAGUCCGGUCCAUCUGGCGGAGUCUCCUCGUGCAACCUACCGCCAGCAUGGCGCACUACAACUUCAAGAAGAUUACGGUGGUGCCGUCCGCCAAGGACUUUAUCGACCUGACAUUAUCGAAGACUCAACGAAAGACUCCAACAGUGAUUCAUAAACAUUACCAAAUUCAUCGCAUUAGACAUUUUUAUAUGAGAAAAGUCAAAUUUACUCAGCAGAAUUACCAUGACAGACUCUCACAGAUUGUAACAGAUUUUCCCAAAUUGGAUGAUAUCCAUCCAUUUUAUGCUGAUUUGAUGAAUAUUCUGUAUGACAAGGAUCAUUACAAGUUGGCUCUAGGACAGAUUAAUAUUGCCAAAAAUUUAGUGGACAAUGUUGCUAAAGAUUAUGUACGGCUUAUGAAGUAUGGCGAUUCUCUCUACCGCUGUAAGCAGCUGAAGCGUGCUGCCCUUGGGCGAAUGUGCACCAUUAUCAAGCGGCAGAGGCAGAGUUUGGAAUAUCUGGAACAAGUGCGUCAGCAUUUAUCCCGCUUGCCAACCAUUGACCCAAAUACAAGGACUCUACUUUUGUGUGGGUACCCAAAUGUUGGGAAAUCCAGCUUCAUUAAUAAGGUGACGAGAGCAGAUGUUGAUGUUCAGCCCUAUGCAUUUACCACCAAGUCUCUGUUUGUUGGGCACAUGGAUUAUAAGUAUCUGCGUUGGCAGGUUGUAGAUACUCCAGGGAUUUUGGAUCAUCCUUUGGAGGAUCGGAACACCAUCGAAAUGCAGGCUAUCACGGCCCUGGCGCAUCUUCGAGCUGCCGUUCUGUAUGUGAUGGACUUGUCUGAACAGUGUGGACAUGGGCUGAAAGAGCAAUUAGAACUUUUCCAGAAUAUCAGACCUCUCUUUAUCAAUAAGCCUCUUAUAAUAGUAGCAAACAAAUGUGAUGUGAAACGAAUAGCUGAACUUUCUGAAGAUGAUCAGAAAAUAUUUGUAGACUUGCAAGCUGAAGGAUUCCCUGUAAUAGAGACCAGUACCCUGACUGAGGAAGGUGUUAUUAAAGUUAAAACAGAGGCUUGUGACAGGCUUUUGGCACACCGAGUGGAAACAAAAAUGAAAGGAAACAAAGUGAAUGAUGUGCUGAACAGGUUGCAUUUAGCUGUGCCUAACAAGAGAGAUGAUAAGGAGAGGCCCCCUUUCAUCCCAGAAGGAGUAGUGGCACGCAAGAGGAGAAUGGAAAUUGGGGAGCCCAAGAAGAAAAGGGAACGGGAUCUUGAGCUGGAAAUGGGAGAUGAUUAUAUUUUGGAUCUUCAAAAAUACUGGGAUUUAAUGAAUUCAUCUGAAAAAUAUGAUAAGAUACCAGAGAUCUGGGAAGGCCAUAAUGUAGCUGAUUAUAUUGAUCCUGCCAUCAUGACGAAAUUGGAAGAGUUAGAAAAAGAAGAAGAGCUAAGAACAGCUGCGGGGGAGUAUGAUAGUGAAUCUGAAAGUGAAGAUGAGGAAAUGAUGGAAAUCAGACAGCUAGCAAAACAAAUUAGAGAAAAAAAGAAGCUGAAAAUCCUACAAUCAAAGGAAAAGGAUACACAGGGACCCAGGAUGCCUCGAACUGCUAAGAAGGUUCAGCGGACAGUUUUGGAAAAUGAGAUGCGUAGUCUUGGUGUUGACAUGGAUGAUAAAGACAAUGCCCACUAUGCAGUCCAGGCAAGAAAAUCUCGGAGUGUCACUAGGAAGAGAAAGCGGGAAGAAUCUGUUCCUCCCUCUUCUGUAGCCCGGAGUAGGAGCUGCUCUCGACCUCCACGUGAUGUUUCUGGUCUUCGGGAUGUCAAGAUGGUGAAGAAAGCCAAGACUAUGAUGAAGAAUGCUCAGAAGAAGAUGAAUCGCUUGGGAAAGAAAGGGGAGGCAGAUAGACAUGUGUUUGAUAUGAAGCCUAAGCACUUACUCUCUGGAAAGAGGAAAGCUGGUAAAAAGGACAGGAGAUAGCAUCCUUUUCAGUUGACAUGGUUUGCCUAGAAUUUUACUGUUUAAUUCUUGGUUUGGUUUCAUGAAAUUGGAAUCAUGAUCUAGUAACUGAAAAGACAGUGGAAGUAACUAAAGUUCUUCUUUCUUUCCUGAAAACUGGAUAACCAUAUAUAGGUGUGGGAAAUUUUAAUCACUUCAUGAUACUAUAAUUUUGAGUAGAUGGUGUUUCUGCAUUUAACGGAGUGUUUGCUUCAGAGUCACCAUACAAGCUUCAGAUGUCAAGUUUUCAACAACAAAAUCACAAAGAAACAAAGUAUGGCCUAAUAAAGUAAAAACUUGAUAAAGCCAUCCCUUGUAGCUGACUUAAUAGAUAAUAGACUUUCAACAAACUGCUAGGGAAGAUUUGCAGAAGUAGAAGUAUUGGUGUUACUUGGUUGUUUUGAUGGAGAAAACACUUUUGCAAGAGGGAGAUUUGGAUCAUCACACCUGAAGAGCCCUUUUUGUGAAGAAGCACUCUACUUGUUGGGCGUAGACAGAGGCUACCAGCCCUCCCCUGCAGGAUAGAAGGCAUAUCCACUUAUGAGUGUUAGAACCCUAUGUUUAAAAUUCUCUCUCAAAUUAUUUUCUAAUGGGGCUGGAGAUGUGGCUCAAGCGGUAGCGCGCUCACCUGGCAUGCGUGCGGCCCGGGUUUGAUCCUCAGCACCACAUACAAAGAUGUUGUGUCCGCCGAUAACUAAAAAAUAAAUAUUAAAAAAAAAAAAAAGAAGAAGGAAAAUUUUUUUUCUAGUCUUUGUAUAAUAUAUUAUUGUAAUCUGUCUUCAACUAUUUUAUCCAAAAUAAACCUUCAGAAGAAAAUAGUUUUGAUUUACUUUGCUAUUUGUUACAAGUCACUGUAGAUUUGGUCAAAGGGAAAAAGGUAUGACCUUUUCUGUUUUUAAAGCAAAAAUACAUUUUGAGGAGUAAAGUGCUUAAGGUUAUAUAGCAAUCCAGUGUGACAUGUUCAAGAAAAUAACAAAAAUGCCACCAUACCAUCACCAAGCUACCUCUUUGGACCCUAUUUUCACUUAAUAUUAAAUGGGGAAAAUAGAGAGGUAUGUGUAAGCUCAAAACCCUCUAAACUGUAAAAUGUAACAAGCAUGCUGGAAUAUUAAAGGGAAAAAUACGUUUUGGCUACAAAACACUAUUAUCAUUACCACUGACUUUGUAUGUGGUUAAGGAACAGAUGCUGCCGGGCUCAGCAAGUCAUGCCUCCUAGUACCCUUUCAAGUACCCCUGUGUAUCUUCUAUGUUUUUUUUGUAAUAUAAUUCAGAUUUUUCUGCA